AUGUCCGACCCAGCCCCUCCACACAGCAACGGCAACGGCGCCAACGAAAAGGAACUCGCCGGCCUCGCCAAUUCUCAAACAAACAAGGUCUCGGCACAGCACCAAGAAGAUGCCUCCCGCGGCCCCAUUGCUACAGGCGUCGCCGAUGCCAGUGACACCCCGUCGUCCGGCGACUCCGCGGCUGAGAUGCGUGAGCGUCAGGCCUGGAGCCAGAAGCUGCAGAACCCGCUGGCCGGCAUCGCGCCCGAAGAGCUCGCCGACAUGGGCGAGGCCUACUGCCGCAAGUACAACAUUGGCGUGAAGGGCGAGGGUGGGUCCGUCAGCGACGAGGAUGUUCGCGCCUUCCGUCUCGGUGCUGUCAUUGCGGGCAACCCACAGAUGUACACGGCAGGGGCCGUUGCCGAGUCGUCAACCGAAGGUGUGGCUCAACCGCAAUCGGAAGGUGCGGCCGGAUCCUCCUCACAGCAGGAGCAGCCGAAGCAGGAAGUCUACGGCGGCGGCCCGUUCUACGACCAGCUGACCAACAGCGAACGCGAGGCUCUGGCGCGUGAGGAGACGCACAAGUGGUCCAACCCGAAGCAGCUGUACUCGGUCAUUAUUAUUUGCUCGCUGAGCGCCGCCGUGCAGGGCAUGGACGAGACCGUCGUCAACGGCGCACAGAUUUUCUACAAGUCUGCUUUCGGCAUUGACGACCCCAACAGCAGCCGCGACUCGUGGCUGGUCGGCCUCUGCAACUCCGCCCCCUACCUGUGCUGCGCCUUUAUCGGCUGCUGGUUGACCGAGCCGCUCAACAAGCGUUUCGGCCGCAAGGGCACCGUUCUCAUCUCCUGCAUCAUCUCCGCCGCCGCCUGCUUCUGGCAAGCCUUCACAAACACCUGGUACCACAUGUUUAUCGCGCGCUUCUUCCUGGGCCUUGGCAUCGGCCCCAAGUCUGCCACGACGCCCAUGUUUGCUGCCGAGUGCGCGCCGCCCAAGCUGCGCGGUGCUCUUGUGAUGCAGUGGCAGAUGUGGACCGCGUUCGGCAUCAUGGUCGGCUACAUUGCCGAUUUGGCUUUCUACUUUGUGCCCGACCACGGCGUCCAGCUCGGCCUCAACUGGCGCCUCAUGAUGGGCUCGGCCAUGCUCCCCGCCGUGCUCGUUGUCUGCCUGAUCCACACCUGCGUCGAGUCCCCGCGCUGGUAUCUCACCAAGGACCGCCAUGCCGACGCCUACAACUCCAUCUGCCGGCUGCGCUAUGAGAAGGUGCAGGCUGCGCGCGACCUGUUUUACAUGCACACGCUUCUCGAAGCAGAGCGCGAGAUCUUGCACGGCAAGAACAAGGCCGCCAAAGCCGCCGGCGAGUCACGUGGCCACAGCCUCCUCAAGGAACUCUUUGGAAUUCGCCGCAACCGCAACGCCGUGAUUGCUUCGGAAAUCGUCAUGUUCAUGCAGCAAUUCUGCGGUGUUAAUAUUUUCCUGGACGCCAACUUUAGCCAGGUCAGCGCGCUCGGCGCUUCUCUCGGCUGGGGCGUCGUCAACUGGCUGUUUGCCAUCCCUGCGAUCUACACCAUCGACACUUUCGGACGCCGCAACCUGCUGCUCACCACCUUCCCUCUCAUGGCUCUUUUCCUGUUCUUCACCGGUUUCUCUUUCUGGAUUCCCGACGAGGGCGGCUCCAAAGCCCGCAUCGCUUGUGUUGCGCUCGGUCUGUACCUCUUUGGAAUCGUCUACUCGCCCGGUGAAGGUCCCGUUCCCUUUACGUACUCGGCCGAGGCCUACCCGCUCUACCUGCGCCCCAUUGGCAUGUCGCUCGCCACUGCCACCACGUGGUUCUUCAACUUUGUCCUCUCUGUGACUUGGCCCUCGCUGCUGCUCGCCUUCAAGCCCCAAGGCGCCUUUGGCUGGUACGCCGCCUGGAACAUUGUUGGCUUCUUCGCCGUGCUGCUGUUUAUGCCCGAGACCAAGGCCAAGACCCUUGAGGAGCUUGACGCCGUCUUCUCCGUGUCGUUCCGCACCCGCAUGGCCUAUGGUUGGGCGCAGUUUGGCUACUUCAUCCGCCGUUACAUUUUCUUCGGCGGCAGUUCCGUCACGGCGCCCAGUGAGCCCAUCGCGGAGGAGUUCAAGCACAUCCAACCGCACGAGCUCGACGAGAAGCAAUACCAGCAGGAGACCCAGCGCGACCCCACGGCUCGCGUUUAG